AUGAGCGGCGACGGCGACGGAACCGGCGGCGGAGGCGCCAUCAGCCGCCGCAUCAAGAACCUGCUCAGGUCCCCGUCCAUCAAACUCAGGGGGCGGGGCCGAUCAGCUCGGCAUCAGAUUGGCGACAAGGUUGUCUUGGAAAAAGUUCUGGGCAUCACGGCGCCCGGCAACAGAGCGCUGUCAUGUGACCCACGGAGUGGAUUUUUAGCGUAUCCCGCCGGAUGCGUUGUUGUCCUGCUGCAUCCUCGCAAGAACAAACAACGUCACAUCUUUAAUGCAUCACGAAAGACCAUCACCACUUUGGCCUUCUCACCAGACGGCAAACAUGUGGUUACGGGCGAGAGCGGUCACAUGCCGGCGGUGCGUGUGUGGGAAGUAUGCAGCGGCACGCAGGUGGCGUCGCUUCAGGAACACAAAUACGGAGUGGCCUGCGUGGCCUUCUCGCCUAACGUCAAGUACAUCGUCAGUGUGGGCUACCAGCACGACAUGAUGGUGCAUGUGUGGAACUGGAAAAAAGGUGUGGUGGUGGCUGCCAACAAAGUGUCGAGUAAGGUGACGGCCGUGACCUUCUCACACGACUCGUCAUACUUCGUGACUGCGGGGAACCGUCACGUCAAGUUCUGGUACUUAGACCAUAGCAGAACCUCCAAGGUGAGCGCUGCUGUGCCAUUGCUGGGGCGUUCGGCACUGCUGGGAGAACUCAAAAACAACUUCUUCUGCGACGUGGCGUGCGGGCGAGGACAGCAGGCGUCCGCCACCUUCUGCAUCAGCACAUCGGGCCUCCUGGUGCAGCUAGACCAGCGCCGCAUGCUCCACAAGUGGGUGGAGCUACGUAGAAUUGACUCCGCCUCCGCAUCUCAGGCCACGUGUUUGUGCGUGACGGACGAGCUGAUCUUCUGCGGCUGCUCGGACGGCACGGUGCGUGCCUUUAGCCCACACUCUUUGCACUUUCUGUGCACACUGCCGCGGCCGCACUUCCUGGGCGCCGACGUCGCCGCAGUGACCAACGCCAGCGGUCUGUUUUGCGCCCGUCCCGACGUCCGUUACCCGGACACAGUGGCGCUGACCUACGACCCAAGCGGCGGCUGGCUGUCGUGCGUGUACAGCGAUCACAGCGUCUACGUGUGGGACGUGGGCGACCUGCGAGACCCUCGCCGCGUGGGCAAGCUCUACUCGGCGCUCUACCACGGUUCCUGCGUGUGGAGCCUUGAGGUGUUUCCCGAAGACGGAGGAGACGUGGGGAAGACGGCUCUCGCACGUGGGUGCUUCCUGUCGUGCUCAUCGGACAACACCAUACGCGUGUGGAACGUGGACACUCGCCGCUUCCCCAACAACAUCCUUAGUCAUGAUCUGCACAAGGUGAUUUACGUGGAAGACAACCCAUCCGGCCUCCUCGACAUCGACAGCGUCUCACCGGCCGGCGACAAGGCAGGGCCCAACACCUUCGAGGCACCCACCAACGACCAGAACCGGGCCGGCGUUCGCUCCCUCAGAGUCAGUCCCGACGGGCGACACCUGGCUUCGGGAGACCGCGUGGGCGUCCUCAGGGUGCACGACGUGAACACCAUGGAGGAGAUCGUCAACGUUCAGGCUCACGACGGCGAAAUUCUCUCCCUUGACUUUUCCAAAAGUGACACAGGUGUGCAGUUCCUGGCUACGGCCAGUCGGGACCGACUGAUCCACGUUUUAGACGCCGCGCGUGACUACCAGCUUGUCCAGACUUUGGACGAGCACUCGUCCUCCAUCACGGCCGUCAGAUUCGCAGCUAACGAGGGCAAAGCGCGGUUGAUCAGCUGCGGCGCCGACAAAAGUGUCUACUUCCGCACCGGACGACAGAGCGGCGAAGGCGGCGUGGAGUUCACUCGAACGCAUCACGUGGUAAGGAAGAGCACACUGUACGAUAUGGACAUAGAGCCCACCGGGAAGUACGCCGCUGUCGGCUGCCAGGACCGCAGCAUCAGGAUCUUCAACAUCAACAACAGCAAACAGAAGAAAAUGUAUAAAGGAUCUCAAGGAGAAGACGGAACGCUCAUCAAGGUGCAGAUCGACCCUUCGGGCCUCUACGUCGCCACUUCCUGUUCGGACAAGAGCAUCAACAUCUUUGAUUUCUACUCUGGCGACUGCGUGGCCUCUGUGUUUGGGCACUCAGAGGUUGUGACUGGCCUGAAGUUCAGCAGCGACUGCACACGACUCAUCAGUGGGUCAGGUGAUAGCUGCAUCUUCGUUUGGCGUUUGAGUCCUGAGCUGACCCUCCGGAUGCGCCAGCGUCUGUCUGACCUCAAGCUUCCCAUCAGAGGCCUCGUGUCCCACGAUGAACCUCAGGAAGGGGCAGGAAAACUCGGGGAAGCGGGGCGUCCUGGCGUGGUCGCCAUGUCGUCUGACAGCGACAAGGAGGAGGAGGAAGAAGCAGUUGAAGCAUCAGAUGACAGCAAUAAGGCCCCGCCUCGCCGCCGCUGGGUCAGGAAUUCGUGCAGUGACAGCGAUGUCCCCGUGGCGACAUCCAUGUUGGACCUGAGACAGUUGGACUUGUACACCUCCACUGGCGGUGUGCAGACACGCCCUCCCCAAGACAUGCCCUCAUCAUGCAGCCCCCAGGGAAUCUGGAUCACAGAGGCAGGGCUACAGAGGACCAAUCAGCAGCUGGGAAGUACCCUCAGUCUCCAGGUGGAGCACACAGAGGCGCUGGCCAAUCCCAGGCCAGAAUUCACCAUGCUGCCGAGUCAGAGACUGGAGAGGGAGCAGUCGGUGCUGUUUCUCGACCAAUGGGAGGACCGAGUGAGCCUGAGCAAUGACUUUGAGGUUAAGGGCGCAGGUCCCGCAGGCGGACAGGAGGACAAACCCAGUCCAGACAGUGGCUGCUCGCUCAGAUUCAACUCCAGAGCCGCCAGUCCUGAUGUGGCUGCAGGGGCAAAAGACGUGGACGCCACUGAGCAGACGGGUUGCCUAAGUGACGAUGCUGACUCCCUGGAAGAGGAGGAAGAUGCCGGGUCCGUGCCGCAGACUCCGGACCAGGAGGCUUUCCUAAAGAAACAUUUUGCUACUCUGGCUGACGUCGCGGAGGUACCCAAUAGAAAUGCUAACAGCUCCAAUGAGAGCCUCAGCAUGUCCUCCAGGUUCCUCUCUCCGAACUCUGCUGCCAGCCGGACAGUCCCUAAGUCAGACAAUAUGGAGGCAAAGACCCACCCAUUGGUGUCUGAAGUUCAAAGUCAUGACCCAAAUGUGACGUGGACUCCAAAUCAAACUGGACGAUGUCAACCAGAGGAGCAGCAGGAGAACCUCCAGGCUUCCACUGUGAAGAAUGAGUCAGACCUCAGGGGGAUGGCGGGGGUUGCAGGUGGUGUGGCUCCUCAGCGUCCCACCUCCCUCCCCUCAGCCCCCCGACGGACUUCAGCUAUAGCUUCGCUUCAACAGAAUCUCAAUUCCAGCACUCCUAGAUCACCCCAGCAGAUGGUUGUGGCCACAACGCUUCCCAGGAAGUGCCCGUCCCCAUCGGUGGGCGGCCCGCGCUCCUACAUGAGUCCCACAGCUAGCUCCACUGCCAAAAUGUCCCGCUCCGCUUCAGUGGGUGACGCUCUCAAUCAAGUGGGACUGACGGCGGGGGCGGCAUCUGGGGCUUGCCAAAUAACCGCGAAUAUUGUCCCUUCUGUGCCCUUGCCGGGCUGCCUUGGCAACCAAGCCGCCCCGACCCCCCGCCUCCUACUGCCUGACAAACCUUCCAUCAUGAGCAUCAGGGCCGCCACCCCCUCUGGGCCCCCGCCCACCCCCGAGGCUCAGGACGACGCAGGUUUGGGCCCUUCUCUUCUUCAUCUCUUCAUCCUGUCAUCUUUCCGUCUGGGCUCGCCUUCAUCAUCCCUCCUCUUCUUGUCUGUCACCAGCCGUAUUGAGUCCUGCCGAGAGUUGACCAAUCAGAUGCUGAGAUGCUUCAAGCAAACAACCAAACUCUACAGGAAGGUGAGUGCCGCAAGUACGCUAGAUGCCACCCCUGAGCAUGCUCAAAUGGAGGGGAUCCUAUCAGAAGCCCUACAGGCCAUGAGGGCGGAGCUCCAGUCCCUGCCAUUGGGAGCAGGCGGGCCUGGUGGGGCCCUCAUGGCGACAGACCAGGAAAGGACGGCAGCUCUCUUGGAGGAGUAUUCCAUGCUGCUGCUUCAAGCAGUUCACAAGAAGCUAAGCCCCCUCUAG